GUCGCCGAUGAGUCCGAGCUGGGUGACCCGUUUGACGUGGACGACGAUAACGCCCUCAACAAGCAGGGUGAGUCCACCAUGCCUGUUAAGGUCAAGCAGGAGAAGAGGAAGAGGGAAAAGAAGUCUCGGUGUGAGGCAGCUGCCGCUCGCGCUGUUCCUUCAGAAGACGAAGGGGAUCUCGAGAGCCCCACCAAGAGAGCGAGCUGCUCAGAAGAACGUCCACUUACUGCAAAAGACAUCCGAGAGCUUCUCAUGGGCCACGUCACAGAAAUGAGAAGCGCCUGGAGUACAUUUGAGGGGCGACUUGAUCGGGUCGAACAUGCUCAGAAUCGCUGCUCUUCCGAUGUUGCAGAUCUUCAGGCUCGCACAGGGGUGGUGGAGAAGGACCUCCAGUUUCAGAGGACGGCCUGCCAAACGAACAGCACGAAUCUUGAGCAGCUCACUGUGGAGGUGAAGAACAUGAAGGUCCGCAUGGAGGAGAUCAGCAAUCGUCCUGCUCAAGUCCCAGCACCUCCUGGUCCUCCCGCAGCUGCAGCACCCGGUGGCGGGCAACAGCAACCUGAUCCGUGGGCCGAGUUCUUGAGGCAAAAGGGCAAACAGGUUGGGGUGAAUGACUUUGGUGGGCGAGCUCAAGGGACUGCCGUCGCGGAGGGUGAAAAGGCUGAUACCUUGUCCGAGGAGGAACGUCGCACUCUCGUGAUUGGUGGGUGGCUGCAGGACACCCGCCGCAGCAUCAUCGAAGAAGAGGCGGGGGUGAUUUUCCAGACUGCCGAGUUCAAGGAGAUCCUGGAUACGGAGAAGCUCACUAUCUAUGGCCCACGACGCUCAGUAGGGAUGCUGAAAUUUGUUAAAAGAGAGGGAGAGACUGAGAAUGACAUGCGCAACAGGAUGUGGCAGAUCGUUCGCGCCCUCUCGCAGAUGAAGCAUGUGUUGCCAAGUACGAAAGGGAUGGGGGCGGACAAGGUGCUCUGGGCGAGCUUUGUUAAGACACGCGGGGCACGUUUGAGGAGCAGUCAUGUCAGCAUGAUUCGCAGGGUGAGCAUCGCCUUGGCGGUUGAGGCAGAGGCCAAGCAGGCAGGGGGUGUCACCCUGAACACGCAGGGGUCUGCAUACGAUUGUGACUGGAACAUGGGCACAAUUUGGUGUGGCCCCUAUAAGUUGGGCAGCUCGUCCCAUCGCGCACCAAAGGGCGAGGAACUCAUCACCAUGAGCGGGGGGUGGAUUAGCCUCACUGCGGUUGCCAAGAUAGCCUGCUGCUCCACCGACGAGGCCAAGCUGGCCUUCGAGAAGGAGCUGUGCCAACCAGUAAGCCUCCUGGACGUUGCGGCAAGGGAUCUUGAUGUUGUUCUUGUACAGGAAGUCGCUCGAGGUCAACAAGGCUGGGAUGACUUUGACACUGAAGAGUUUCACUGGGUUGUUCAUCGUGAUAGUGAACAUUGGCGCGGAGUGGGGGUGGGAAUCGCGAGUGAUAAGUUCGACUCCAUCGUGUUCAAGCAGGCCACCAAACGAGGAAUCUGGGUCGUUGCUCGCAUUCAUGGGUUGGGGCGUGUUCUUGUUGGGUCCCUCCAUGCCCAUACUGGUGUCACGAACGCGGUCUACCAGGGUGCUGUGCUGGAAUUUUUCAGCAAGUGUCCCAGGAAGUAUCGUCAUCUGCCCAUGCUUUGUGGUAUUGACGCGAACGAAGUGCCCCAGUGGAUUGACAAUGGAGAAGAAGGCCUGGAAAUCGGAUCCUGCAGCACGAACCUCAACGUUCUCGUACAUGAAGCCUUUCGUCUAGGUGCCUCUCCCCUUGCGCCUGAGCCUGUGUUCAGAAACGCGUGGACCCACUUCCCUCGUGACACGGAGCGGGCGGGCAGACAAAUCGACAUGCUACUUAGACGUCAUCUUCAUGUGACGCCCCUUCAGAUACAUGCAGACCGUCGCUUGGCCAUCGGCUCUGACCAUGCACUUCUGAUUGCGGAGAUUUGGAUUGCUGCACGGCCGUCGCGCAUUAGGUGGAAGCAUGAUUCCAGGGCUCGUUGGGUUGUUGGGGAGUUGGAGCGUGUACCGAUCGUUGACGAGGGUGAACUUGUCUACCUUGCCCAGAAAUGCACGAGACCUCGAUUCUCCCAGGCCUACAGAGACGAUGAAGAGGUCCACGCUGCCAUCACAGCGGCUAAGGAGAGCAACUCGCCCGCCGACUGGAAGAGGGUGUUUCGCAUCCGCAAGGCCAAGCGCAAACACUGGCAGCAGACUCGCCUUUCGCGGGUGCUUGAGGGAGAUUGGGAACAAUACAGGAGCCUUCAGCAGGAUAAGCGCAGGCGCAAGGGGUGGUGGGGCGACUUGCUUAAGGACAGAAGCUCCUGCCAGCUCACCAUCGAGAUCCAGCAACACCUUGAGGCCAAAAUGACGGAUGGUCGUCCUGACUUCGCAUGGGAUGAACGCCUUGAAGAGAUGAUCCGAUCGUGCACCCAGGCCGCUGCCUUUGAGCCCUUUCAGCUGCAUGAAGUCGUGACGGAGCUGAACCAGAUGAAAUGCCGGAGCGCGGUAGGUCCGGAUGGCAUUGGGGUGCACCUGUUGAGGACAAUUGCUGCCGACGAGGAGCUGGGGGGUGACUUCCUGGGCCUCAUCAACCACAUUGUUGAGACGCAGCAGGUUCCUCGCAACUGGGGUCGAAGUUUUCUCGCCUUGCUCGCGAAGGUUCCGCUUCCUCAGCAGGCCAAGGAUCUUCGACCUAUAUGCGUCUCGUCAGCCUUUAACAGGCUCGUCAACAGGCUGGCAUGCUCGCGAGCUCUCCCUGCACUUCGUGUUGGGUCGAAGAUUUCGUGCUGUGGGAAGGGGCGACAGUCAGCUGACCUUGUGGGGUGCAUCUCGAGAAUGAGAGACGUAUGUAAGGAGUGGAGACUGCCGCUGCUUGUAUGCAAGCUGGAUGUGGCAGGAGCAUUCGACAGGCUCGACAGGGGUGAAGUCGCCAAGUACUUGAUCAAGAAGCUCGGGGGUGACGCUUCCCUCAACUGCGAGCUCAAGUACAUGCUUCGGCAGCUCGCGACACACUCCCUAGUUGGAUCUGUACCUGGAGGACAUGAGAUUCUCCUACGUCCCGAUGUCGGUAUUAAACAAGGAGCCCCUGAGAGCGCUGAGAUCUUCGGCAUGAUCGUCGAUAGCAUGCUCUCAGAAGUAGCCGCCUGUAAGAGAUGGGAGGACUUUGGGGCGCCCUUUGCAGACUUGGAUGUCGUGCUCCUCUUCUUUCAAGAUGACAUUUUCAUUCUCGAGACUGAUCUCCCCAGGCUCUGCCGGAGGGUGAAGGUGGUCGAUAGAUGUCUUGCACGGGCCGGCCUUAAGCUUGCCACCGAAAAGACCAAGAUCGUCGCCAACGAGCACUACACAGGCCCCCGCAAAGUCAAGAUCCAGGACGACAUUUUCACCAUUGCGGACCGUGGUGAGGCCGUUCGGGUGCUCGGGGUGAACUUCUCCUUGUGCAGGGACGCUUCGGAGCAGGCCAAGGAAAUUGUCUCCAGGACACGACAAGCAGCAGCAGAGCACAAGGACAUCUUGACGGCCGCGGGCAGCUGGAGGAACAAGACUAACAUCAUGAGGACGCUCCUGGAAUCUCAGUUUAACUGGAUCGGGGGGGCGUUACAUUGGAGUCAAGAGGACCUCCACAGUCUCAACCUCCUCCAGCUGCACACUUGUCGCUCCUCCUUUGGCCUGAGACGACAUGCCGAUGAAUCUUGGGUUGAGUGGAACAAGCGAUCCCUGCGCUUGGUGCGGCUGUGGUUGCAUGCCAAUCAUGUUGCACGGUGGUCGGAACGCAUCCUAUCGCUGCAGCACAUGCUGCAUGGACAUUGGGCGAAGAGGACGGAGGUUGUGGGAGGGCGUGCGCAGCCGUGCCCGCCGAUGAAAGCUCUCCAAUGGCGCUGCACUAGUUGGUGGCGUACACAGCAGAGCAUGAGCCCCUCUAUCUCGAUGCGACACCCCGGCCGCUUUUAUGCCAGCAACACUGAGCGCCAGCUUGCGGAAGCACAUGGGCCCCUUUGGUUUGUUUGA